UUGACGAAACGACUCGUCUAAUUUUCUCUCUCUCUCUCUCUUUUUCAUAUACCUACAGAUUGAUAGGUGUGGUUGCAGGUUAAAAUGCAGAUCCGGAGUAUGGUAUACCUUGGUACGGUACUUUUUCUUUUCUCCAAGGCUUCUCUUUACCAGGCUACCUGGUAUGAGGAUCUGGGGAAAGGAAUGCGGGAGCGAAUGGCGUUGCAUCGAGGAGGAUUUAUCCAGCCGCAAGGUGGUUUUGCUAAGCGAGAGGCGCCAGACAGACUGAAAGAAGCUUUCGCCCUUGGUUUUUCAUGUGAAAUAGAUUGUUUUAACCCCUUUUCAGGUUUGGAUUGGGUAUUCAUAAUCCCUAGUAUUAAUGAGUAUUUGCCAAAUAGUCGAUUGAGAUAGUGAAUAAGUCAAGAUUUAAGAUCAUAUUAUAUUUUGAUAUGAGCUGAAUAAAAGAAUUAGUUCAUCACAUGCUCUCCUAAUUGAAUUGGACGAACACGAAGCCGGGUUUUAGAGCACGACGUCGACG